AUGCAGCAGCAACCGUUCUAUCCGUCGAGUCUCCCCAGCUUCCCUUCUCUGAACUUCGACGUCUCAGGAGGCUUGGGUUUGCCUCCGUCGUUUUCGUCACAGGUGUCUCUGGGUGCGCAAGGCGGUGGGCUGCAAGGCGCAGACCUCAAUUCGCCGGAGGUGUUCAAACAGAACAUCCAGCUCGCCCAGGCGCAUGUUGCUCGCGUCCAGGGACUCGCACGUAGUGCACUAGCCGGCAUCGAGCAUGCCUAUCAUCAUGGGACGAGUCCCGUACAGACGGCAGCCGACAUCGCCACGCUGAAGCAGGCGCUGCUAGCACUCGUCGAGCACCUUCGCCAGUCGGGAGUUGGGGCUCUCCCACUCGACGCGCCGCCGAUACCAGACUCGCGCUCGGACGACGAGCUCGCGAGCGAGGCGAGCAAGGCGGUGCAGGUCCUGUACGAGAGGCAGAAGAGGAUACAGGAUGGCGCAAGCGUCGUGGUGGGCCUCUUGAGUAUGGGGGCGGGUGUGGGCGAGCAGCAGAGUUCUCAGGGGUCUAUCGCGCGGAGACAAGGACGCAUCUAA